AUUGUUCUGAGGGACUACAAACUACGAUCAUACUCGCUGAAUGCUGUCUCGUUCCACUUUCUACAAGAACAAAAGGAAGAUGUACAACAUUCCAUUAUCACAGACCUUCAAAAUGGUACAGAUCAGACGAGACGACGUUUGGCAGUGUAUUGUCUAAAGGACGCCAUAUUACCGCUACGUCUCCUGGACAAGCUCAUGUGUGUCAUCAACUACAUAGAAAUGGCGAGAGUAACAGGGGUACCCCUACCUUACCUGUUGUCGCGGGGCCAGCAGAUCAAAGUCAUAUCACAGCUACUUAGAAAGGCCAAAGAGCAAGACUUGGUGCUACCAACACAGAAGAUAGAGGUCGGUGAUGAGUAUGAGGGCGCCACAGUUAUAGAACCUGUCAAGGGGUACUACGACAUGCCCAUAGCGACGUUAGAUUUCUCCUCCCUGUACCCCUCCAUUAUGAUGGCUCACAACCUGUGUUACACCACGCUGCUCAGUCAAAACACCAUUAAUAAGGAGGGCUUAUCCCCAGAAGAGUACAUCAAGACACCGUCUGGGAACCUUUUUAUCAAAGCCCAGCACCGGAAAGGACUUCUACCAGAAAUUCUAGAGCAUCUGCUUGGUGCCCGAAAAAAAGCUAAAGCUGAUCUAAAAAAAGAGACUGACCCUUUCAAGAAAAAGGUGUUGGAUGGUCGCCAGCUGGCCUUGAAAAUUAGUGCCAACUCUGUAUAUGGAUUUACAGGUGCUCAGGUCGGCAAACUGCCUUGUCUGGAAAUAUCGCAGAGUGUGACUGCGUUCGGGAGGAUGAUGAUCGAACAGACCAAGAACUAUGUAGAGGAGAAGUAUACCAUAGCUAAUGGCUACCAACAUGAUGCUAAGGUUGUGUAUGGUGACACUGACUCAGUGAUGUGUAAGUUUGGUGUGGACACUGUCGCCGAGGCCAUGGAUUUAGGACUAGAGGCAGCUAACUUUAUCUCUGCCAAGUUUGUUAGUCCCAUCAAACUAGAAUUUGAAAAGGUUUACUUUCCUUACCUGUUAAUUAACAAAAAGCGUUAUGCUGGAUUGUACUGGACUAACCCAAACAAACAUGACAAGAUGGACUGUAAAGGCAUAGAGACAGUGAGGCGUGACAACAGUCCUAUAGUGGCCAACCUUAUCAACACUUGUCUACAGAUGAUCCUUAUAGACAGGGACCCAACUGGUGCAGUGGAAUAUGCGAAGCAGACAAUAUCUGACCUACUGUGUAAUAGGAUAGAUAUAUCCCAGUUAGUCAUAACCAAGGAGCUCACAAAGACUGACGACGAGUACUCGGCCAAACAGGCCCACGUAGAACUGGCCAACAGAAUUAAAAAGAGAGACCCUGGCAGUGCCCCACAGCUCGGAGAUAGAGUUCCUUACGUUAUCGUUGCUGCAGCAAAGAAAACAGCAGCUUAUAUGAAGUCUGAGGACCCUAUAUACGUCCUUGAGAACAACAUCCCUAUAGACACCCAGUAUUACCUGGAGAACCAGCUAUCCAAGCCUCUUCUCCGGAUAUUUGAACCAAUUCUGGGAGAGAAGAAAGCCGAGUCUGUCCUUUUACGUGGUGACCAUACUCGCACUAAAACCAUGGUAACGGCCAAGAUUGGUGGACUCAUGGCAUUCGCUACUAAAAAAGAGAAAUGUAUUGGCUGUCGAACAGUUCUGGAUGACACGUCUGCGGUGUGUAAAUACUGUAAGCCUAAGGAAUCUGGUAUCUAUCAGAAAGAGGUGUCCCAUCUAAAUAUGUUAGAGGAAAAGUUCUCUCGUCUGUGGACCCAGUGUCAGCGCUGUCAAGGCAGUCUUCACGAGGAUGUGCUGUGUACGAGUCGAGAUUGCCCUAUAUUCUACAUGAGGAAAAAAGUGCAAAAAGACUUGGCUGAUCAGGACAAACUGAUGACGCGAUUUGGUGUUCCUUCCUGGUGAUGAUCAGGACAAACUGAUGACGCGAUUUGGUGUUCCUUCCUGGUGAUGAUCAGGACAAACUGAUGACGCGAUUUGGUGUUCCUUCCUGGUGAUGAUUGGGACAAACUGAUGACGCGAUUUGGUGUUCCUUCCUGGUGAUGAUCGGGACAAACUGAUGACACGAUUUGGUGUUCCUUCCUGGUAAUGAUCAGGACAAACUGAUGACGCGAUUUGGUGUUCCUUCCUGGUGAUGACCAGGACAAACUGAUGACACGAUUUGGUGUUCCUUCCUGGUGAUGAUUGGGACAAACUGAUGACGCGAUUUGGUGUUCCUUCCUGGUGAUGAAAUCUGACAAUCCUCUGUGAAUAUCAAAUAUCGUGUCGUUAGAGUCUAAAGCAAUCAAGAUGUGAUCCUAGUUCUAAAGAUCAUCUGAUCAGGACAAACUGGUGUGAUUUGGUGUUCCUCUAGUAUCAUUGUGUCUACAGUGGAGUUUUGUUUAAGUAUAUGAUACUAGAAAACAAAAUCUUGUUAAUAUUUGAAUAACCUUAAUCGAUAAAAAAUGUAAGACCUUUAGAAAUCUGGACAUUGAACUUGAAAUCCUGGAUUUUCUAGUGCAUUAAAUCUGCUUGAUAAGGUGAACAAUUGGUGUGUGAACUUAUAAUUUAAAAGUGUGUUAAGAAAAUCUCUAUUAAUCAUGUUAUAUAAUACUGAAGUGAUUUAUAAUUGUGAUUGGAAGAUUUCUAUUAAUCAUGAUAUAUAAUACUGAAGUGAUUUAUAAGUGUGUUAAGAAGAUCUCUAUUAAUCAUGUUAUAUAAUACUGAAGUGAUUUAUAAGUGUGAUAGAAAGAUUUUCUAUUAAUCAUGCAGUAAAGUGAACAAUACAGGCCCGCCAAACCUCUUGUUUAAGCACCUUUAGAAUAUAGCUAGAAUACUGGAGUUUGUGAGUGGAUAACACAUUAUAAUUUAUCAUUGAUUCGUGUCAGUCCAAUAUGUGUCCAAUGAUGAUGUUUGGAGUUCCUCUCACCACAUAUACUUAGUAGAGUAACUCAAAUAAGGAUUUUUAUAAAAAGGCAGCAGCAGCAUCAUCAUCAUCAUCAUCAAUGAAAUAGAGUUAUACACCUCACAGGCCAUUUGACAGAUGAAGGCAUGUAGUAAUGAAGGGAGAUUUAUUCUCCUGACUAGUAGAUAAUGAUAUUAAUAAUUUGAUUAAGAUAAUGUUAAUGGGUCCCAUGUACAGGUUCCGCGUAUUGAAUUGUUUACGAUGUAGAUAGAUGUGACCCAUGUACAGGUCUGCGUAUUGAAUUGUUUACGAUGUAGAUAAAUGGGACCCAUGUACAGGUUCUGCGUAUUGAAUUGUUUACGAUGUAGAUAAAUGGGACCCAUGUACAGGUUCCGCGUAUUGAAUUGUUUACGAUGUAGAUAAAUGGGUCUCAUGUACAGGUAUUGAAUUGUUUACGAUGUAGAUAGAUGUGACCCAUGUACAGGUUCCGCGUAUUGAAUUGUUUACGAUGUAGAUAAAUGGGUCCCAUGUACAGGUUCCGCGUAUUGAAUUGUUUACGAUGUAGAUAUAUGGGACCCAUGUACAGGUUCCCGGUAUUGAAUUGUUUACGAUGUAGAUAAAUGGGUCCCAUGUACAGGUGUGUGUAUUGAAUUGUUUACGAUGUAGAUAAAUGUGACCCAUGUACAGGUCUGUGUAUUGAAUUGUUUACGAUGUAGAUAAAUGGGACCCAUGUACAGGUAUUGAAUUGUUUACGAUGUAGAUAAAUGGGUCCCAUGUACAGGUCUGUGUAUUGAAUUGUUUACGAUGUAGAUAAAUGGGACCCAUGUACAGGUCUGCGUAUUGAAUUGUUUACGAUGUAGAUAAAUGGGACCCAUGUACAGGUUCCUGGUAUUGAAUUGUUUACGAUGUAGAUAAAUGGGUCCCAUGUACAGGUCUGUGUAUUGAAUUGUUUACGAUGUAGAUAAAUGGGACCCAUGUACAGGUUCCCGGUAUUGAAUUGUUUACGAUGUAGAUAAAUGGUACCCAUGUACAGGUCUGUGUAUUGAAUUGUUUACGAUGUAGAUAAAUGGGUCCCAUGUACAGGUCUGUGUAUUGAAUUGUUUACGAUGUAGAUAAAUGUGACCCAUGUACAGGUAUUGAAUUGUUUACGAUGUAGAUAAAUGGGACCCAUGUACAGGUCUGUGUAUUGAAUUGUUUACGAUGUAGAUAAAUGGGACCCAUGUACAGGUCUGUGUAUUGAAUUGUUUACGAUGUAGAUAAAUGGGACCCAUGUACAGGUCUGUGUAUUGAAUUGUUUACGAUGUAGAUAAAUGGGUCCCAUGUACAGGUCUGUGUAUUGAAUUGUUUACGAUGUAGAUAAAUGGGACCCAUGUACAGGUCUGUGUAUUGAAUUGUUUACGAUGUAGAUAGAUGUGACCCAUGUACAGGUUCCGCGUAUUGAAUUGUUUACGAUGUAGAUAAAUGGGACCCAUGUACAGGUUCCGCGUAUUGAAUUGUUUACGAUGUAGAUAUAUGGGACCCAUGUACAGGUUCCUCGUAUUGAAUUGUUUACGAUGUAGAUAAAUGGGACCCAUGUACAGGUUCCGCGUAUUGAAUUGUUUACGAUGUAGAUAUAUGGGACCCAUGUACAGGUUCCGCGUAUUGAAUUGUUUACGAUGUAGAUAAAUGGGACCCAUGUACAGGUCUGUGUAUUGAAUUGUUUACGAUGUAGAUAAAUGGGUCCCAUGUACAGGUUCCUCGUAUUGAAUUGUUUACGAUGUAGAUAAAUGGGACCCAUGUACAGGUUCCCGGUAUUGAAUUGUUUACGAUGUAGAUAAAUGGGUCCCAUGUACAGGUUCCUCGUAUUGAAUUGUUUACGAUGUAGAUAAAUGACUUGUGAGCAUGUAGUAAUGAAUUGACAGGGAAUGUGAAGAGAGAAUGGGCCAAAAAGUUACGAGUGCUAAUCAAUGUUUUGUAAUCUGUAUACGUACAAUCAAUAAAGUGCUGAAAUGUUAAGUAA